AUGAAGCUUAUUACAGUGUUUGUUGUGAGUAGUUUGUUGGGCGUGAUGGGCCGGCGAGCGACUAUGAUCAAGCCGCAUCGGGACGUUUCUACCACGCAAGGGACGGUCAGAGGGUACCUCACUCCAACUCAUGCCGCCUACUUCGGUAUACCGUACGCUCGCUCACCCACACGGAGGGACCGCUACAAGGCGCCAGAACCACCGCCCACAUGGGACGGGAUCUUCGAAGCGAGCCACAAGAUCAAGUGUCCCCAACCAGGCGAGGAUGGCGACGAGAACUGUCUGGUCAUCAAUAUUUUCGCACCAAGACAUGCUGAUCCACUGCCUGUCUAUGUGCUGGUACAUGAUGGAGGUUUCCAGACCGGGUCACCUAAGAAUUGGUUUAGAAUUUCUGAUGCUUGGCUGACGACUCGCAGUCCGCCAAUUAAAUAG